AUGUAUAUCUAUCUAUCUAUCUUUCAUCUAUCUAUCUAUCUAUCUAUCUAUCUAUCUAUAUAUAUAUAUAUAUAUAUAUAUAUAUCUACUAAAAUAUUAUUACUUGCUAUUGGUACUUUCAUCGGUGAUGGUGAUGGUGGGAGCGGCGUUCUUAUACGACGUCCUGUCUGUCAAAAGAGUAAACUUUAUGAAACACCAGCUGAAAAGAACAAAACCAGCGAUCGACACACCAAUUUCCAGGCAUUUGUUCGUUUCGUUGUUGUUGAUAUAGCCAGGAUGCGAAAGGAAUCUAUCUUAUUCUCUCUCUUCCUUCUUUACCUUUUUUUUUUCUCUCUCGUUCUGUUUAGGUUCCGUAUUCCCUCAACUAGUCUGUAUUUCAUUCCUUUCACUAGUCCGUAUUCCAUUUCCUCUAAUACUCCGUAUUCCAUUCCCUCGACUAGUCCGUAUUCCAUUUCCUUCACUAGUCCGUAUUUCAUUGCCUUCACUAGUCCGUAUUCCAUUCCCCCGACUAGUCCGUAUUCCAUUCGCUUCUCUAGUCCGUAUUCCAUUCGCUUCUCUAGUCCGUAUUCCAUUCGCUUCUCUAGUCCGUAUUCCAUUCCUUUCUCUAGUCCCCCGAAAAGUCCCUAUUACAUUCCUUAG